CAGACGUCUGCUGUAGCUUCUCCCUCCUCCGGACACCAGCCUAGGCAAGCCUCCUGUCGCUCGCUGCCGCCCCUCCUGCCACCCUCGCUUCUUUCUCACAAUCGCGGCCGUCAUUAACCACGAACAUUUAUCGUUGCAUACUUACUUAUCUCUCUCUUGCUUUCUUCAUCUCUUUUGGGCCACACGGAGUACCAUCUCUCAAAAUCAUCGCUGUCCGACCAUUGCGCUAUGCAUCGAGUGUAGUGCGCAGUCCACGAAUCCAUGCGACCGUCGGUUUCCUCACCCUUGUCCGUCUUUUUGAUUCCCAAUGCAACGGAUAGCCGAUUGGGCCUGACGAUCGCCAAAAGCCCGACCUCUCUCGUUGAACGGUGUUGAAUGAUCGUCUCUCGCGCCUCGUCGCCGUCAAAAAACUAUUCCAGCCCACCGCUGAGGCUGACACCGGGGCCAUUCUGCAUCACGCCUUGCCAGCCUGAUCACCACGUACCGUUCUUUCACCACCUCCAGCAUACAGGAUCUUCCAGGCCGGAACGCUGACGGCAUCAAUCCACUCUAUUACCAAACGGACUGGAGAGACGUCUCCCAGCCAUGCCAGCCAUGACUGCGGCCCGUGCGGCAGAUGAUUUCGACAUGGCCAAGUUGCAGAAAAGUCUGAAGCAAAGACAACGCCAUGCAGUUCGAAACAGUGGAAAUGUCGCAAAGCUGACGCCCGCCGAAAUCCGUUCGCUUAACAAUAAUUCCCUCUCAUCGAAAACUGGCAGUCAAUCCAGCUCAAACAGACCUUCACCUUCAACGUCGCGACGCUCAACCACCGUCACACCACCAACGACACCCGAUGAUCAUACUUCUGCACAUCAAGCACAAAGUCAUCGGAACUCCAUCUCUCGCAGAUCGACUGUCGAUAUUCCAACGCCUCCCCAUACACCCAUCGGGCAUCGGAGAUCGUCGCAGUCCAGCACGCGCGGUCACAGUCAUACCCCGGUUCAAGGUCAUGCCAAUGGUAUCAUUCAUGCUCCUCGGCCACGAGUGUCUGGCCAUGCCGCCUUCAUGGCCGCUAAUGGAUGGUCCUCUCGACCAUCAAGUUCUGGAUCCUCGUCCUAUCGCGGACUUCCCACUUACCGAGGCCCGGAAGUCACUCGCCAUGGGUCAAUGAACAUGCUUCAGCGGCCAGCUGCUGACAUUGUAGCAAAUCCACUUUCCUAUUUUUCAAGACCACGGCAAAGCGUUGUGAGUACAUCACCAGAACGGUCUCGUGCUUCUCAAGAGAUACCGAUCCAACGACCGCAGAGUCUGCACAAUAACUCGGUUUCCAAUGUUAGUGCAGUGUCGUCCAGAGCUCCAAGCCCGCCCAGGGCCACAGAUUCUCCUGUGUCGAUGCUUGUCGACGAGGCUACUACUGAGAAGUUUCCUGUUUUAGACCCAGCUGAGGACCCACACAACCAGCCGAAGGUCUACAGCGAUGAUGAGCAGCCUACGGACGACAAACCACAAGUCGAAGAAGCAUCCGGAGAGAUACCAGCACAAGCGGUGGGCGAGCACAAAAUCGAUGCACCCCUGGAAUCGCCUAGAAAAGACAUCAAGAAAAGAUUUACUCUCAGUGGUGCUCUUUUCGGUACUGGAAAGAACAAUCAAGACGGGGCGGAAAGUGUGAAGAAACUCAAGAAAGGCCGAAGACGGACUUUGUCCCUUGGCAAAAGUACCGACAAGGAGAGCGUCGAAGAAGCGAAAUCGCCAGCUGAGGAACAGUCGCCUGCAUCGAAUGAGCAGACCAAGGUAGAUGGCGCAGUGAUCGAAGAUGGCGACUUUUCGGCGCAUCCAGCCGUACGACCGCUCUCACUCAUCGUUCCCAGCGAGUUCAAAGGCAAGGAAAAGGAGAUUUACUCCGCUCCGGUUUAUGCCAGGUGUGCAUGUUGCGGGAAAGUGAAGCGUCCACCUGGGUAUGCCAACGAACUCAGUCCAGUUCUCGAAAACGAGCACCUCCGAACGAACUUCAGUUUCGAGAUUGAGCGGACGUCGGGGAACAUGGAUAGACGAACUUCAGAAAGCAGUCGAGGAAAAUUCACCCCAAUCAUUCCGAUGAAAGUGGGCGAGAGUGAGACGCGACAGGCAAUUAUCGAAUCACCGUCAGGACCAACAAGCCCAGUACGACAAGUGACGCAGCACAUGGAUACAAGCCCAAGGAGAAUGAAGCGCAUUUCCGAUCCCCCAAAGUUUGUGCGUUUCGCCAGCCUCCACGGCCGACGAAAUGAUACUACUGUCAUAGAUGAGGAAGACGAAAUUGAGGUCGCGGAGCAUGCACCUUUAAUGAGCGGCGCCAACUCUCAGCUGGGAGAGGUAAAACCCAUUGAUUUUGCGCUGCACGACGAAGUUGCGCAAAGUCCCACUGGUGUCGAAAGCGACAUCAAUCAUGCACCAGACGAAGAGAAUGUUGCCAGCCAGACUCUGGCUCCGGAUUCUGCGACGGAACUAUCGCGAAGAACCUCAAACGUGGAGUCUGAGUCUGAGAAAUUUUUCACCCCUUUGCGCAGUCCAACACCAGCAGUUGAGAGUAUCAAGUCCGGGAAGGGAAAGGAAAAGGAAAAGGAGGAAGCUCCAACAGAUCAAGGAAACAUAUUGCUCCCUUUGCCAGAACCAUCGUUUGGACCGACUUUCGCUCGAAACAGCGCCUCGCUGAAGGACUUUGUCCUGGCACGGUCAACAAGUAUGCAAAUGUCCGACGCAGGCGCCACGGGGAGAGAUCUUACUACGAUUGAUGAAAAACUUCCAAUUCGCGAGCAGAGCCUACUUUCCACCAGGGAGGACAUCCGCGGUCUUGAUCCUUCUAACCCGAAGGAUCAGAAAUGGCUUGCUGAAGUCAUGGCUCUCUAAGCCUGCAUAUCUGGCUCCAUGAUGUUCGGUUGACCGAUGCCUGAUAAGGAUGUAUACAGCCUAUAUCACAUACCAAACUACAGUAGUGAGAAAGUCGGGCGCGUUAAUGAGAGAAUUGGCGUAUGCGAGUGAGUUUGUUAGGGUUGGUUGGAUUAGAGAUCAUUUAGCGAAGCGGCACAUUGAAAGAUCAGAGUUGUUUAGCGGGAUAAGUCGAUGUAUAGCGCAUUAUGUAGGGUCGAACCAUGAUUUUCCGUCGACGCAUCAAGUCCGAAGAUCUAU